AUGACGACUAGUACCAGUACCUCUCCUAAUCUUCAAGAGAUCCAUGAUUGCUUUAUCGAAUUGGUGAAGCAAGCCGGCGAGAUGAUCACAGGCGCAAAGCCCUUGGUCAACACAGUCGGGUCGAAGAAGAACAGCUCCGACCUCGUCACAGAAACGGACCGUGCUGUUGAGCAGAUGGUCUCCAAGGCGUUAAGAAGUAAAUAUCCUGAUUAUGAAUUUAUGGGUGAAGAGACCUAUCAGCCCGGCAUGCGCUUGACCAACGCGCCCACAUUCAUCGUCGAUCCCAUCGAUGGCACAGUCAAUUUUGUCCACAAUUUUCCCAACGCAUGUAUUUCACUUGGGUUCGCGAUUGAAAAGAAGCCAGUUGUCGGCGUUGUUUUCAAUCCCUUUACGAAAACGUUGUAUAGCGCCAUCCGCGGAAAAGGAGCCUUUUUGAACCGCACAACCAAGUUGCCGCUGAAAGGAGACAAUAUAGAGCCAUUGAAGGGCCUGUCUAGCGCUCUGGUGGGCGUGGAAUGGGGAUCUGACCGUCACGGCACCAACUGGGAGACGAAGAUUCGUACCUUUGAGACCCUCGGAAAGGCGCGGGAAGAAGGCGGGGCGAUGGUCCAUUCGAUGCGAAGCAUGGGAUCGGCCGCGUUGAAUCUGUGCGCUGUUGCUUCGGGCUACAUGGAUCUUUACUGGGAAGGGGGAUGCUGGGCAUGGGACGUAUGUGCUGGAUGGGUCAUUCUCACAGAAGCUGGCGGCAUCAUGGUUGAUGGCAAUCCCGGCGGGUGGAAUGCAGCGGUUGAUGGAAGACGCUACUUGGCCGUCCGCGCGUCUAAGAAUGGGGAGGGACAGAAGGAGAUCGUGGAGGAGUUCUGGGGUCAAAUCAAGGGGAAGUUCGAUUAUGGCCAGUAA